AUGGGCCAACAGACCUCAAAGCCUGCUUUUGCGCAGAAGGUCAAUUUUCCUUCCAAAAAGAACCAACAAAAGGAAAAGCCAUAUCGCGCUAUCAAGCCCACUUCCAUCGGAAAAGUCAAGAUGAAUUUCGGCUCCGUGGCAAAGGUUGUUAAUGCAGGCAAAGGAGGCCAAGGAAAGGCUAACCUUGGAGCUGAGAGUGAUGGAAAGCCUCAGUAUGAAUGGCUUCUAGCCAAGAUGGAGAAGAGAGAUAUUACGCCUAAUACCAUUAUCGGUCUAUCAAGCUCGCAAUCAUAUCAGCGCGAGUAUGUCAUGUACAUGGAAAUUUUCGAGGCGAACAUCGCAAAGAAGGGCAUCGAUGUUCUACGAGCAGAGAAAGUAUUCCACACGCCCAUCUGGUCCGACGGCAAUAUUCUCUUCCUCGACUACGAUUCUAGCGAGACAACUUUCGCUCUGACCAACUCGUCAACUGAAUACACCACUGACGACACCCCCACCGACACCCCUGAUGAUAGCGAAUUCGUCGAAUACCCUGGUUUCAACAUAGAGAAAUACUUCUUCGAACUCAACUACCAGUACUAUUGCUACAAGGACUGGUUCCGCUGCCUGGUGGACUCGUUCUGGGGCCCGCAAGUCGCGUCCGUCUUCCAGGUGACCACUUACAACCGUGCCUUCAUCCAGAUUGCCUUCAAGACCGACUGGAACUACAGAGACCAGUGCCAGCGUUUCUACGAAGGAUUUGCCGUGUUCUUGCACGUUGUCGCCCGCCUGCGCCCCAUCGAAGGGCUCGGCCCUCUCACGGAUAUCUUCGGUUUCAGCUUCGCCAACUUUGCCGGCCAGGUCAUCUCCGAGUUCGAGUCGGUUGCGCGUCUUGGAAUUGACGUGCCCGAAGGCGAGGGACACCAGGUCUUGAAGUACGCCGUCCGCCACCGCUUCGAGACUUGGCGGAACGAAGUUGUCACCAUCAAGGAUUGA